AAAGAACUUCUUCGUUCUCGUAGCCGUGUUGACGAUGCUGGUUCCGAUAGGGUACUUCAUGGUAACGGCCUCGUCAACAGUAACUGAGGUUCACAAAAGAGGCCUGAACACGAUGAUAGAGGAACCUUCGUACGCGAUGGAAGGCAAGUACGCGAUGGAAGGCAAGCACGCGAACGGGGGGCCCGCAAAAAUGCAUUCAGAUGCAGGCAAGGACGUCCCACUGUCUCAGAAUGAUGGCGUUGCUCUGAAAGACACAGGCUCGGACGGACAAUUACAAAGACGGUUUGAUGAAAUCAAGGAAAAGAAAUUAAAGUUACAACAAAGCUCGUCGGUGAAGAGGGAGAAGGAAGAAGAAUUUAGUGACAAGGAGGAACAGAAACGGUCAAGAAGAAAAGAAGAUGUACAGAAAGAGGAGGAUGGGAGAAAGGAAGAUAAGGAGGCAAAGCACAGGCGUGAUUCUAACCGAGAAACUAACCGAAGGGAUCACCCAAAGCCGAUUGUCAAAGUAGAAGAAAGGAUACAGGCACUUGAAAAAGAGCGGGCAGAAAGACUAGAGAAAAUCAUGCAUGGCGCUCCGGAGAAGAAACAAGUCAUGCACAAAAUGCACGGUCAUGGCCAGGGAAUGAAAGUACAUGGAGAAAAAGAAGACAACAUUGUCCACGGACAGGAAGGGCAAAAAGACGAGGAACCCUUCGAUAAAAGACAUGAGGACGACGGUGAAAACUUACCCGUCAAAAAUCGCCGGAAAAGUAUGAGGAAGAGUGAUCAACAACAGAACAGAGCUGGUGACAAGGCAAAGUCGGGAACAGAUCUAGAGGGGCCGAAAGUCGUACACUUUGUAUGGGACGGUGGCAGAGACUUUAGGUUUCACGACCUUCUCAGUGUUAAGAGCGCCCGCAAACAUCUUGAGCCGGAAGCAAUUGUCUUCCACGCCGUCAAAGCACCCGAUGGAAAAUGGUGGAAAGAAGCAAACGACAUCCCAACAUUUCAGUUCAGUCAAAUAUCACUUGACGACAACAAUAAGAACGACGACGAUCAAGGUAUAGACGAAAGAAGACCCAAAUCGGACAGCUACCUUGAGGCAAAAGUAGACAUCCUUCUCAGAGAAGGUGGCAUCAUGUUGGACACAGACACUUUCGUGCUCAAACCGUUCGACCCUCUCUUGCGUUACGACUGUGUGGUAAGCCGCGGAGCAACAGGGCUAAACCUUGGCGUGCUCAUAGCCAAGAGAGGGGCACAAUUCUUAAAGAUUUGGAAGAAAAGUAUGGAACAAGACGGCUACAAAGCUCCCGAGGCGGUGGUGGCGCGACAUCUGGACUUGGUACACGUAGAAGACAGCAGUUUAUACAGACCACGUUGGACGGACGGUUGGGACCCUCUUAGCAUCUACUACAACAACGUUGACCUGGACUCCAACUACGCCAUCAAGCUAGAAUACGACAAGUACAAUCUAGAAGAGACGCCGGAAACCAUAACAAAACUGGACACGUCGUUUGGCCACCUAGCGAGAAGCGUGUAUCUGACAUCUCCCAAUGAUGUUGCCAAGAGUCAACGGUCACCAAUAUCGCCUAACAGGGAAGCCGUUGUACCAAAUGAGGUCCAUUUUGUCUGGUUUGACGGGGCUAGUAGAGGCAGCAAGUUUGAGUUCAGGCAUUUUCUCAGCGUCAAGGCUGCUUGGGACUACGUAGGUGCGGGAAAAGUGUUCUUCCACACCGACGCUAGCUUUGAUGGAGUGUGGUGGGACAGAGUCAUUGAGAGAGAAAACGUCAAAAUCGUCCCGGAAAACGCGUCAGACUCUCUUGAUGGCGUCCCCGUGACCAUUCCGGAUCACCAAGAGCUCGCCACCGCUUUAGGGAUCCUACAGAGUAGAGGCGGCAUCUACCUCAACAUCGACGUCAUUGGACUGAAAUCGUUUGAACCGUUACGUCAUUAUGGCGUCACGAUGGGUAGAAGCAUACACGGACUCAGCAACGCCGUGAUUUGCUCCAAGCCAGGUUCGGAGUUUCUCAAAUUGUGGACCGAAAGUUUUCGAAAGUUUGGCGAGGGGAAAUGGGACGUCUUCGCCUCGGAAGAGCCGUUUCGCCUCGCUAACGAAAACCCGCAUCUCCUUCGUAUCGAAGAGUACAGCCUUUUCCGUCCUGAACUCUCGCAUUGGAGUGACCUGGACGCUCUCUACACCCAAAAUGUCUCUUUGGAGAACAACUUUGCCGUUCAGCUUUUCUACGACAAGUUGGGAAAGCAAAUCGACCAGUACGACAUUCUCGGCAUGGAAUCCACCUUCGGAUGGAUGGCGCGAAAACUGUUCUACAGGUUGAAUGAGCCGGUGCUAAGAGGAGAGGAGCCCCUCCCACAUGACCAUUACGUCGUCCCCAACAUCUUUCACUACGUCUGGUUCACCUGCCAUGACUUCCGCUUCCACCACCUCCUGAGUGUGAAGAGCAUGUACCUCCGCGCGAAGGCUGACCGUAUCAUCAUCUGGACGGACUGCACGCCGAGCGGGCACAACUGGGACGAGGCCGUCCGGGACAUCCCGGUGCUGGAGGUACGGCAGAGGGGGCAGCCUAGCGACAUCUGGGGGAACGUCAUCAACAACGUGCCGCAUCGCUCGGACAUCACGCGUAUGGAGGUUCUAAAGGAGUAUGGCGGCGUGUACGUGGACUGGGACGUGUUUGCCAUGAAGCCUUUCCACCCUCUCCGUCGGUUUGACUUCGUCAUGGGGUGUGAGAUAGCCGGUCUGAACAACGGCCUCAUCCUGUCCAAGAAGGACGCUCCAUUCUUAAAGGUGUGGUGGGAGAACUACAAGCACUUUGACGACAACAAGUGGAACUUCCACUCCGUCAUGGAACCGUUCCGCCUGGCCUUCAAACACCCGAACCUGAUUUUGAUGGAGUUCAACACGCUGUCCCGACCAGGGUGGGAAGACUGGUGGGAUAUGAAGGCCAUGUGGAAUGAGGACCACCUGUUCCCCUGGUCACAUGUCUAUGGAGUACAUUUCAUCUACAGUUACCAUGGUGAUGAACACAACCCAGAAGACAUCAAACACAUGAGAGGGACCUUCGGACAAAUGGCACGAUGGGUGUACUAUGGUCAAGUGGAGUUUAUAGACUAA